AUGCGCACUACCGUCUACCAGUCUCAUUUCAAAGGCCAUUGUGCUGAUCGAGACCUAGCUGAUUCACCAACUUCAGAACACCAAGGGAAGAGAGAGCUAGUUAAGAUGAAAAGAAAGGGAGGUUAUGAGAACCAAGAUGCUGUCAACAGAGGUGCUUGGUCUGCCGAGGAAGACCAAAUCCUUAUCAACUACGUUCACCUCCAUGGAGAAGGAAAAUGGGGUCAGAUUUCAAGAAGAGCUGGUUUAAAGCGAUGUGGGAAGAGUUGCAGACUUCGAUGGUUGAAUUAUCUAAAGCCAGAUAUCAAGAGAGGAAACAUUUCUUCCGAUGAAGAAGAUCUCAUUAUCAGGCUACAUAGCCUCUUAGGGAAUAGAUGGUCGCUUAUUGCGGGACGAUUACCAGGGCGUACAGAUAAUGAAAUCAAGAACUAUUGGAAUACUUAUUUGAGAAAGAAAGUAGAGGAGAAGCACAAGCAUAACAACAACAUUCCCAUCGAAUUAAGAAUUGAAUCUCCACGGUGCUCAAAAAACACUUUGGGUAUUGCUAUGGAUCCUACCAAAUCUUCUCACCCAGUGAGGUGUACCGAGGUUAUGAUGCCAACUCGAGCACUCAAUGAUUCAGUCGACAACAAGAGUUUAAUUUCAGCAAGUUGGAAUCAAAACCCUUUUGCAUCUACCGCACUAGAUGACCAUGAUCGUUGCGCAGAAGGCUUCCCCAAACACUUUGAUAUAAGUGACCUGUUCAUGACCCACGAGGAUUGCCAUUUUAAUGGAUAUGCUUGCGUUGAAAUACCCCAACAUUUUGGAGAUGAAUCCAACGGGCUCAAUGGUGCCAUAGGAGAAACAUGGUACGAUAAUUGGAAGAAUGAUGACUAUUUCCCACUAGAAUAUGAUGUGGAUUUUUCUUUAUUUUCAUAG